AAUGAGAUCAUUCCAGUUCUGUCUUACUCUUACAUGACGGUUUUGGUGCCAGUGUUCUUGCUGACAGACUAUCUGCGCUACAAGCCCGUGUUGAUCGUGCAGAGCCUCAGCUACAUCUCAAUCUGGCUCCUCCUGCUGUUGGGCACAAGCCUGCUGGAGAUGCAGUUCAUGGAGAUCUUCUAUGGCAUCACCAUGGCGACACGGGUGGCCUAUUCCUCCUACAUCUUCUCACUAGUCACUCCCUCCCUCUACCAGCGAGUGGCCAGUUACUCUCGCACCUCUGUGUUGUUGGGUGUCUUUACCAGCUCUGUCCUUGGCCAGUUCUGUAUCUCUGUGGGGGAAGUCUCCUUUGGUACCCUCUCCAAGAUCUCCCUGGGCUUUGUGAUCUUCAGCUUCGUGCUAACACUGUUUUUGCCAUGGCCCAAGCAAAGCUUGUUUUUCAACAGGAAAUUGUGGGGCCCAGAGGAGGCCUCAUCUUCAGAGUUGGACCAGAUGAACCAUGAUUGCCCUCAGCCCAUCAGUGCUAAACCAGUGUCUGCCUGCCGGAACACUGUGUUUUUUCAAAUGCUGACGGAACUUUUGGACGUGGUUAAGCUUCCCCAGCUGCAACUGUGGUCCCUCUGGUGGAUCUUUAACACAGCUGGGUUCUACCUGAUGACCUAUUACAGCCAUAUACUCUGGAAUGAGAUCUACCCAACCGCUGAGAAUAAACAUGUUUAUAAUGGAGCGGUGGAUGCCGCAUCUACUCUUCUGGGUGCCAUGGCUUCAUUUGCUGCAGGGUAUGUGACAAUCCGUUGGUCUCUGUGGUCCGAGCUUGUGAUUGGCAUUGUCACAGCCCAUCAGGCUGGUCUACUGCUACUCAUGAGCACCACGUCAAAUAUCUGGGUGUGCUACAUCACUUCCGCACUGUUCAGAAGUUCCUACCAGUUCCUUGUGCCUAUAGCCACUUUCCAGAUCGCAUCCUCUAUCACAAAAGAGCUCUGUGCCUUGGUGUUUGGAGUUAAUACUUUCCUCGCCACAGUUUUGAAGACCAUCAUCAUAAUUAUCGUUGCAGAUAAGCGAGGACUGGCUCUGGCAGUACAUUCACAGUUUUUAGUUUAUUCUGGCUACUUCACAUUGCUAGCUGUGAUCUACUUCGGAGCAGCAGCCAACGUUCUCAUAAAGCAUUUCUGCAAUGUGAAGCCAGCGACCCCGAACCAGAAUGGAGACACAGAGCUGUGCAGUACAGUGAUGGUCACCAGCGACGCCGAGAAACUGAACAAUGGGAAGGUCUGAAACCAAGGAAUGUAUUUCAAAAGCUGGACAUUUCUGUGAAAAAUGAUUUAUACCAGGGCUGCAUUUCAGGUUACAAAAACAUGGGUGAUUUAAGUCAGUGACCCAUGUCU